AUGAAGGUUGAGGAGCUAAUUAUUGAUGGCUUCAAAUCAUACGCGACAAGAACGGUGAUCUCCGGCUGGGAUCCUCAAUUCAAUGCAAUAACUGGUCUUAAUGGAUCAGGGAAAUCUAAUAUUUUGGACUCUAUAUGUUUUGUGCUUGGCAUAUCAUCUAUGGCUACCGUGAGAGCUUCUAAUUUACAAGAUCUUAUCUACAAGAGAGGCCAAGCGGGUGUGACAAAAGCCAGCGUCACGAUUGUUUUUGACAAUACGGAUAAAACAAACUCGCCAAUCGGGUUUGAAACGUACGCUCAAAUAUCAGUGACACGACAGAUCGUCUUAGGAGGGACCAGUAAAUAUCUGAUCAAUGGACAUCGAGCUCAACAACAGACCGUAUUGCACCUCUUCCAAUCCGUUCAACUAAACAUUAAUAACCCCAAUUUCCUUAUCAUGCAAGGUAAGAUUACAAAGGUGUUGAAUAUGAAGCCAGCAGAGAUUCUAUCGUUGAUCGAGGAAGCAGCUGGAACAAAAAUGUUUGAAGACCGCAGGGAAAAAGCCGAGAGAACGAUAGCCAAGAAAGAAACUAAGCUGCAGGAAAUAAGGACCCUGUUAGAGGAAGAGAUUGAGCCCAAACUUGAGAAACUUAGAGCCGAGAAACGAACGUUUUUGGAAUUUCAAGAGAUUCAGGCUGAUCUCGAAAACACGUCAAAAGUCGUACACGCAUUCACUUACAGCUCCCUAAUAGAAAACCGAAAUAAUAUUGAGGAGUCCAAUAGAGUAGGACAAUCGAAGAUUAAACAGCUCCAAGAGUCAAUCGAAAAAAACACGGCAGAGUUGAAGAGUCUAGAAGAAGACCUUGAAGUGAUGCGAGCUCAAAAGAAAAAUGAGAUGAAAAAAGACGGAUUGCUGAAUCAACUGGAAGCCAUAGAAAGUCGAUUGAACAAUGAACUUUCUCGUUUGCGGACAACCCUUACUAUCACCACCCAAAACUUGACCGAAGAGACAUCUAAGUAUGAAGCUUGCCACACAAAGAUUCAGCAAUAUCGCGAUGCUCUGCAGCUCAAAAUGAAUUCAUUCGGAAGUACUGAAUCAGACUUUAAUAACCUUGUAUCUCUCGUCGGUAGACUGAAAGGUCACCUACAAAACAAGGAAGAGCUAUUGUCUACUUUGACUACUGGCAUAUCAUCAACAGGCGCAACGAGCAGUGGUUACAGUGCUCAACUAACAAAUGCUGAAUCAAAGUUGAAUGAUUCUCGUAUACAGGUCCAAAGGUGUGACAUGAAGAUUGAAUUGCUGAAAAAAGAGCUCCAUGCUAAUGGACCCAAGCUGCUCUCGGCCCAAGAGUCCUGCAAGGAAGCCAGAAAAGAGGUUGACCUGAAUAAACUGCGAUGCUCAGAGCUAAAUCUUAAACUACAGAAGUUGGGCUUCCACCCAGAUAUGUACAAACAACUUAAGGACAGGGAAGUAAGUCUGAAACGACAACUUCAUGAGAAAUCAAGAGAAAUGGAUAUUUUGAAGAGAAGGGUAGCCAACAUUGACUUCAAUUACUCAAAGCCGUCAUCUGAUUUCAGUCCUACCUCAGUCAAAGGCGUAGCAGCUCAGCUGUUCUCAUUGGAUGAGAAUAACUUCGCAAGUGCGACAGCUUUACAAGUAUGUGCUGGUGGAAGACUAUUUAACGUGGUAGUCGAUAAUGAACGAACUGCUUCACAGCUGCUUGAAAAUGGGAGAUUGCGGAAACGUGUUACUUUGAUACCGCUGAACAAAAUUUCUGCUCGACAACUGAAUCAACGAGCCGUUCAAGUCGCCAAAGGCUUAGCUCCUGGAAAUGUUGAGCUAGCUCUCAAUUUGAUUGGCUACGAAGAGGAUGUUUCAAAAGCGAUGGAAUUUAUUUUCGGUUCGAGCUUGAUCUGUAAGGAUGCAGAAAGCGCAAAAAAAGUCACAUUUCAUCCCCAAGUGAGGGCCAGAAGCAUCACACUGCAAGGUGAUAUCUAUGACCCAGAAGGGACACUUUCAGGAGGAAGUCGAAGCAACAACAGCUCAGUUUUGAUCGACAUUCAGACGUAUAAUGCCCUAUCGAAAACCGUUUCCGACUUAGAGAUUGAAUUGCAACAUGUGCUAGAGAAGAUUGAGCGACAAGCUGGCAUUCUUGACAAAACUAAGUCGAUUCAAAAUGAUCUCAAUUUGGCUACCCACAGACUCCAUUUGGCCGAAAGAAGCUUCGAAAACAAUCCCUCUGUACAGCUAAUAUCGAGAAACCACGAGAUAGACAGCGAAAUUGAAAGCUGCCUUGGAUCGCGAGCUACCGCUGUUGAAGAUAUCAAACGUUUUGAAGCGGAGUUGUUCAAAAUUAGGAAAGAUAUGGAGGAGUUCAGUCAGGAUAAGGGUUCGAAGUUGGACCAACUAAAAUCUGAAAUCAAGGACAUAAAAUCGGAAAUACAAAGACACCAAACUGUUCUAGAGAACAAUGAAGACCGCAAUCAAUCGCUCCAGCUGGAAAUCGAUCAACUAAGAACUGAUCUUGUGGCGGUCCAAGAAGGGGAAAAGGAGGCGUCGGAGGCAUCCAAAGAGCUCAAUGCCAAAUAUCUCAUGCUGCAAGAGAAGGUAAACACGGCUUCUGCUGAGCUGGAACAUGCGAAGGGAAGAGUAGCCGAAGAGAAGAAGAGGCUAUAUGAGAUUGACGAAGAAAUGCGUGUUCUCUCGGAGCUGAUCAAAAAGAAAGAUGAAUUCUUGAAAAACGGUAAUAUUGAGCUCAAAAAGCUGAUCAACGAGGUAAGUAAACUGGCAAACAGUACCAGCUCUGUUGAAGAGAAUAUCAAGCAUUUAUUGAAAGAGGAAGAAUGGCUUCAUGACGAGGGCCUUGUUUCAAGCAUUAUAAUCCAAAACCAAGGGGUGAAUUUAGCGGUCUACAGACAGCGAUCGCAACAACUGGCUGAAAAGUUUGGUGAUAUGAAGCGAAAAGUUAACCCGAAUAUUAUGAGCAUGAUUGAGAAUGUGGAGAAAAAGGAGUCUGCUCUAAAAUCUAUGAUCACAACCAUAGAGAGGGACAAAACUAAAAUUCAAGAGACAAUCACGAAGCUUAACAUGUAUAAGCGUGAGACUCUCAUCAAAACGUGGGAGAAGGUGACUGUUGAUUUUGGUCAAAUAUUUGGAGAACUCUUACCUAAUUCUUUCUCUAAACUAGUUCCCAUGGAGGGAAAAGACGUUACGGAAGGACUGGAAGUAAAGAUAAGAUUAGGAAGCAUUUGGAAAGAUAGCCUGAUAGAGCUAUCUGGUGGCCAAAGGUCUUUGAUUGCAUUGUCAUUGAUUUUGGCUCUACUUCAAUUUAAACCUGCGCCGAUGUACAUCCUUGAUGAGGUUGAUGCAGCUUUAGAUUUAAGUCAUACUCAAAACAUUGGGCAUUUGAUUAGAACAAAAUUUAAGGGUUCUCAAUUUAUCGUUGUGUCAUUGAAGGAAGGCAUGUUCAAUAAUGCUAAUCGCGUCUUCAAAACAAGAUUUCAAGAUGGAACAUCAGUCGUCAGUGCCCUAUGA